AAUCUCCACCCCCAAACUGAAGCCAUUUUACAGAAGAAAGAGAACAGCAGCAGCAGCAGCAGCAGAGAAGAAAGCACACAACUCAACUAAUAACACUGACUUACAGCAAACGCAAAUCUAAAUUCUUCAGAAUGUCGUCAGGUAAAAGUCACGUGGGAAGGAAAGAUGAUCCAGUGAUGCAGUACCUCCUCAAUCACUCGCUGAGGGAACAUCCAGCCCUCAAAAAACUGCGCCAGAAAACCAUGGAGCACAAGUUGAGCAUGAUCAUGGUGGCCUGUGAGCAGUCGCAGUUCAUGGCAAAUUUAGCCAGUUUAAUCAAGGUCAAGAAAGCCAUUGAAAUUGGUGUUUAUACGGGAUAUAACGCGUUGAGUAUCGCGCUCACCCUGCCUGCAGACGGGAAACUGAUCGCGUGCGACGUCAGUGAGGAAUACAUCAACAUCGGCAGACCCUUCUGGAGACUGGUGAGAGCAACACAUGAGCGCUUUAAUUAUGUUUUGUGGAGCGGUCGAGUGGUGAACCCAGAAGAAGGCGACAUCGACUCCAUCAGCAUCGAUAAACUGAACAAGAAGCUCCAUCGAGACGUCAGAAUCCAGCUGAGCAUGUUAACAGUAGGCGACGGGCUGACAUUAGCAUUCAAAAUAUGA